GUUAUUCUAAAUUUUCUUUCCUUGUGUCGUUAACAAUGGCUUUCAUAAACAUAAAUGUGAAUGAUAAAAGCACAUACCUGUUACGCUUAACAUGGACAGAAAGUUACGGAGAAGUAUCACUUUUUGACUAUGAAAACUGUAAAACAUGGAAAGGACGGAUAGAAGAGGAACAGUGUGAAACAAUGGCUGCACAGUUACAGCUAAAUCUGACUGACUAUAAGUCUCAACUGGAAGAAGCUACGAGAUCUCCAUCGUCCUAUCAUAUAAGCCUUACUAAUGAUAUUCUAGUGAUAAAAAAACUGACUUCUAAAGAGUUAUCAUUUCGAAUAGCUGUUAUGCACCUCAAAGAAAUUGAGCUAAAAAUCAGCCUUCCAGAAUUUAUGGCAGCCAUUGCCAAAAAUAUAACUGAAAUGUCUGAUGAACUUGUUGUAAAGGAUAACCUAAUUGAAAAGCUUAACAAAGAAACAGCAAUGUUGAUGGACAGAUGUACAAAAUAUGUCACUAUUGUGGAAGAUUUAACACCGAGCUUAUACACACAGUUUAGCAUUGCCUUUAAUCAUCUGAAGGAAAGGCUAGAAACAGAAACUGCCAGCACGAAAGACGAGCCAUCGAAAACUCAAAGCGUUCUGAGUGCUCCUCAAACCCAAGAAAGACAAAGCACAUCAAGGAUGGACGACUAUGAGGGUGACACAGAUAUUGAUACAGAUGAAGAAAACAAAUAGAAUUUUUGCUCCUUCCUCCAAGCGUCAUAAAAUAACAAGAUAUCUAUGUUUUCCUAAGCUCUGAAUCACUUCAGUCAUCUUGUGUUUGAAAUUUUCGUCUUAGCAAAAAAUUUACAUACGAAAAUAAUUAUUGUGUUGCACAUUUCCUUUAGGAGCGAAUAUGGAACUAAUCUUAAUUGUUUGAUUCCAGAUUUUGUGAAAAUCUUAAACAUAUCCCUUUAGGAAUGAAUACCUGUUUAUUGCUUCUUUUUAUGCGUUUUUAUUGGUGAAAAACUGAAAUUUUGUUUAUUAA